UAAUCGAGAACUAAAUUAGUAUGCUUUGCUACAUGUACUAUGUCUUAAUAUCUCAAUUUGAUGCUGCAAAACUGAGAAAACUCCGUCCGAGUUUCAAGGAGAAUGGAGGCACUGUUAAAGCAGGAAAUGCCUCUAGCAUAAGGCAGGAGAUUAGGUAUUUACCUGUAACUUCUAUGGGUUGGUCAUUGGGGGAGGGGGCUAUCCAUUCCGUUGAAACAGCGAUCCUUACAACCAACUUAUUCCAGACGGUAGGAGACAACGCGUGUGUACGGAUGAAGAUUUUACAUAAAUAUGGGAUCUUAUGGAAUAUGGAAUUUUCAGAGGAUUCGAAUAUUGGAUAUAGUCAAGGAAUUUUCUGUUGUGUGUGUGAAACGGCGAGAGGGAGAUCGAUAAGUGGAUAUGGGCUAUGUAGAUAUUCAAAUCCAGCGAAUUAUCUUCUGAGGCCAAACCGUUUGGAUUUGCUAUUCUUCGUGUUCGUCUCUAGUAUAUGGUGUUUUGGAUUUGUGCGCAGAAGGAGAAGAGAGUGUUGGUAGCAGAGUUAAUGCCUAAUGAUACACUCUCGAAACAUCUAUUUCAUUAUA